AUGGUGAUGUUUCCACUCAGGAUAAUCAGAUACAGGCACAGAAAAACAGCAAAGAGGAUGAACUGGAUUUCUCCAAGCAACCAAAUAGUUGAAAAUAUAAGGCACCGGGCGGCAGCGACUGCGGCGUCCCCCGGGGAGGGGGGCGCCGGCGAGGCCGAGCCGGAGAUGGAGCCCAUCCCCGGCAGCGAGGCCGGCACUGACCCCCUCCCGGUCACGGCCACUGAAGCAUCUGUGCUGGACGGCGAGGCUGACGGGCAGCAGUCCUCUCCUCAGGCCGACGAACCGCCGCUCCCGCCGCCGCCACCGCCGCCGGGGGAGCUCGCCCGCAGCCCGGAGGCGGCGGGGCUGGAGCUGGAGCCUGAGGAGAAGCUGCCCGUUCGAGUAGUGGAGCCGGCGGCAGCCGCGCCUCAGGAAGGGCCCAGCUUGCCACCUUCUCCUGCACCGCCGCCGGAGGAGCCCCCGGCUCCCGAGGAGCGCCAGGAACCGCCGCUGCCCCAGCCAGCAGCCCCGGCUCUCGUGCCGCCGGCAGGCGGGGACUCCGCGGUGUCGCAACUGAUCCCCGGCUCGGAGGUGCGGGUCACGCUGGACCACAUCAUUGAGGACGCGCUUGUCGUGUCGUUCCGCCUCGGGGAGAAGCUCUUCUCCGGGGUCCUCAUGGAUUUGUCCAAAAGGUUUGGGCCCCAUGGGAUCCCUGUGACAGUGUUUCCCAAAAGGGAAUAUAAGGAUAAACCCAAAGCCAUGGAGCUCCAAAGUAAUACAUUCCAAGAAGGGACAGAAGUCAAGCGUGAAGUGAAUGGUGCUGUUCUCAACGACCCUUCUCCUGUCCCACCUCCUGAGCUCAGCUUGGCCGAAAGCCUGUGGACUUCCAAACCACCACCUCUCUUCCAUGAAGGAGCACCUUAUCCUCCCCCUUUGUUUAUCAGGGACACAUAUAACCAAUCAAUACCUCAGCCACCUCCCCGGAAAAUUAAGCGACCCAAACGAAAAAUGUACAGGGAAGAACCUACUUCAAUAAUGAAUGCUAUUAAACUACGACCCAGGCAAGUUUUGUGUGACAAGUGUAAAAACAGUGUUGUUGCUGAAAAAAAAGAAAUUAGAAAAGGUGGUAGUGCAAGUGACUCUUCUAAAUAUGAAGAUAAAAAACGGAGAAAUGAAAGUGUAACUACUGUGAAUAAAAAACUGAAAACUGACCAUAAAGUGGAUGGGAGAAACCAAAAUGAAAGCCAGAAAAGAAAUGCUGUGGUUAAGGUUUCAAAUAUUACUCACAGCAGAGGCAGAGUAGUCAAAGUUUCUGCUCAGGCAAAUACAUCAAAAGCUCAGUUAAAUACUAAAAAAGUGCUCCAGAAUAAAAACAUGGAUCAUGCAAAAGCUCGGGAAGUGCUGAAAAUUGCCAAAGAAAAGGCACAGAAGAAGCAGAGUGAAACCUCUACAUCCAGAAGUGCGCAUUCAAAGGUCCAUUUCACACGUCGAUACCAGAACCCUAGCUCAGGCUCUCUUCCACCCCGGGUUCGUUUAAAGCCCCAGAGAUACAGGAAUGAAGAAAAUGACUCUUCUCUGAAGACCGGGCUGGAGAAAAUGCGAAGCAGCAAGAUGGCACCCAAGCCCCAGUCCCGUUGCACCUCUACCCGCUCAGCAGGUGAGGCCCCUUCAGAAAGUCAGAGUCCCUCCAAAGGCCCUGAAGAGGCCAGCAGUGGGGUUCAGGACACAACUGAAGUGCUUGUGCCUGGUGAGCAGGAGGAACCGCAGACCCUGGGCAGAAAGGGCAGCAAAAGCAGUAUCUCUGUUUACAUGACCCUAAAUCAAAAGAAAUCUGACUCUUCCAGUGCUUCAGUGUGUAGCAUUGAUAGCACAGAUGAUUUGAAAUCCUCCAACUCUGAGUGUAGUUCUUCUGAAAGUUUUGAUUUUCCUCCAGGCUGUAUGCAUGCACCUUCCACCUCCACUUCCUCCUCUUCAAAGGAAGAGAAAAAGCUCAGUAAUUCCUUGAAAAUGAAAGUCUUUUCCAAAAACGUCUCUAAGUGCAUCACACCAGAUGGCAGGACCAUAUGUGUAGGGGACAUUGUCUGGGCCAAGAUAUAUGGCUUCCCCUGGUGGCCAGCCCGUAUUCUUACCAUAACUGUGAGCCGGAAAGAUAGCGGUCUUUUAGUCCGACAGGAGGCCCGUAUUUCAUGGUUUGGGUCUCCAACAACAUCUUUUCUGGCUCUUUCGCAACUCUCCCCCUUUUUAGAAAACUUCCAGUCACGCUUUAAUAAGAAGAGAAAGGGCCUGUAUCGCAAGGCUAUCACAGAGGCAGCUAAGGCUGCCAAGCAGCUGACCCCUGAAGUGCGGGCUCUGCUGACACAGUUUGAAACGUGAACAUGGACAGUAAGGUAGGCAAGAACCUUUGGGAGGCGCCCAGGUUUUCUAGUCUAGUGAGGGGGUAACUUCUACAAGACAGCUUGGCCAAACCCGAGAGAGACUGCACUCAGCUGGCUGCUUUUUUAUACUUAACCUUAUAGCCAUUUUUAGACAGAAGCUUAAACUGAACAAGCAAUCAAAUUUUGUCUUUAGGAAAGGAGAUUUUAGCAGUAUUUUUCAGUUUUGAAGUCUAAAACCAUCCCAGGCAUUGGAGCCAUAGCCUGAACUGAAAAUGAAUUUUUGCAGGGACUGUUAAUUGCCAUUUGUACCUAGUACUGUGUGUAUGUGUAUAUGUAUACACACACGUACGUGUAUGUGUGUACAUAGAUGCAUACAUAUAUAAAAUAUUGCCUGUCACUGUGUGACACAGGUUGCAUAUCUGGAAUCUUAAG